UUACCGAAACUUCACUCAAGUAAUCAUAGUACUGCUAAGGCGUUACUUAGCAACACUAUUCACACUGGUAUAUAGGAGCGUGCGGGUCGGAGACCGUACGAAACAAACCGCUCCAGAAGCUGAGUGCGCAGACAGCGCAGAUAGUGCUCCGGCUACGCGCUAUGGACUACUGUUGAUUUGCUGAGGAAGAAACAGCGCACACUCCAGCUCCUUCUGGUGCUCACACACCUGUUUCAUUCACCUCGCUUUAUUUCUGCUGACUGAUAACUGUUAUCGUGACACAUUGGGUAUUAGAGCGCUUGUUGUUGUACAGUGAGAGAAAACCUGCGAGAUCAUGAAGUCUCUGCUUGUAGCAGUUUUAAUGGUUCUCAUCGCCGCCGCCCAAGUUUCCGGCGAAGAAAAUGACCCAAAAGAGGACACUGAUUACUGGACGAGCACUAAUCAAAUCCAGAAUGGCUGGAUUUCCAACAACCCGUUCAGAGAAGUCCUGCUGAGAAUGACAAGGAAGCCAAAACCACACCAGUUUAUCGGUCUGAUGGGGAGGCGCUCUAUGGCAAACACACAGAUCACCCACAAAAGACAUAAAGUGAACUCCUUCGUUGGACUGAUGGGGAAGAGGAGCCAAGAGGAGCCAGCAGAGUCUUAUAACUGGAACACAAUAGAGACGUAUGACAAGCGCCGCUAAACAGCUGUCACCUCUGCUUCUCAUCGAAUAUCCUUCAGCCACGGCACGGGGACCGGAUGUUGGUUUUGUUUUUCUCCAAACCGCAGAUAGCUGUUAGCUCAUUUAAAAGAUGACAUUUUUCAUACUGUAGUGAAAUAGCAGUUCUGUAUUUGUGUCAGUUUGAUCUGUUUCGGUAGAAUAACGAGUGGAGUUUGAGGAAGUGUCAUUAUAAAUGUUAAUUUCCGCCACCUGCCAGUUUUCUGAACAGCGUGCUGAUAGUUUCACUUCGUUAUGCCUCAUAACGGUUUGAUUGUUUUUUGCUAAUACAACAAAAUAGCACAGGUGCUCAUUUUGGCUUUCGAGUGACUUAUAGAAGCUGCCUUGUUCUUCGUCUGCAUAUGUUGUGAUGUAUUAAAAUAAUGUCAAAAAUUGUAUUAAAAUUAUUUUAUCACUG